AUGCGGCUACUGCAACGAGAUAAUGCUAACAAUUACACCUUUACGGACGAUCUGCGCGCUGACGACAUCCCCCCCUACGCAAUCCUUUCCCAUACCUGGGGCGCCGACGAGGUCAUUUACGCCGAUGUCAAAACGAGCUCGAAUGUCUGGCAACAGAAAGCCGGCUACGAAAAGAUCAAAUUCUGCGCCGAUCAGGCUAAGCGACAUGGCCUGCAGCAUUUCUGGGUAGACUCUUGUUGUAUCGACAAAUCUGAUGCCAUCGAACUCCAGACUGCUAUCAACAGUAUGUUCAGGUGGUACCGUGGCGCCAAGCGAUGCUACGUGUUCCUAUCCGACGUCUCUUGUCCACCGACGUCCGGUCCUCCGACCUCCAGUCAGCAGCCAGGCGUGGCAUCGUGGGAGUCAGUCUUCCGGAACAGUCGGUGGUUCACACGUGGCUGGACACUUCAAGAGCUCAUCGCCCCGCAGAUUGUUGAGUUCUACUCAAAAGAAGGUGUCUUCUUGGGCGAUAAGGAGUCACUGGAGGCUGUCAUACGCAACGUGACAGGUAUUCCUGCCCGGGCUUUACGAAAUACACCGUUAUCCAACUUCACGACCUCCGAGCGAGAGGCAUGGGCACGCAACCGGGAAACGAAGUAUGAGGAAGACAUGGCAUACUCUCUUCUUGGGAUAUUUGGCGUUCACAUGCCACUCAUCUAUGGCGAGGGUCGCGAAAGCGCGCAGAGAAGAUUGCGGGAAGAGGUCCAGAAAUCUAUAAAAGAUGGGGAAGUAGAGAAGAUACGAAGAAUGCUACAUUCGGACGGAAGCCGUCACGUUGUCGUGCUCCAUGGCCUCGGAGGCAUCGGCAAGACACAGCUUGCUGCAACUUACAUCAAGCGGUAUCGAGACGAGUACUCGGCCAUCUUCUGGCUCAACAUCAAGGACGAAGCGUCCAUCCAGCAAAGCUUCGCUAGGAUCGCAACGCACAUCCUCGAACAGAGUUCCGAUGCCGGCAGCCUCAAGGGGCUGGAUCUACAGCAAGAUCACGACAAGAUUGUUCAGGCCGUGAAGGCGUGGCUCAGCUUGGCCGGCAACACGAGAUGGCUCAUUGUGUAUGACAACUACGACAACCCAAAGCUCCCAGGACGGAAAACUGAUGCCACGGUCGACAUACACCAGUUUCUUCCAAUGGCAGAUCAAGGCUCAGUAGUGAUUACAACACGGGUAUCAGAAAUCAACAUAGGCCAUCACAUUCGAAUCAAGAAGCUCGAAUCCGAACAGGAGAGCCUACAGAUACUGUCGAAGACAUCAGGCCGAAAUGGCUUACACGAUGAUAACGAUGCAAAAGACCUUGCACGAAAGCUAGACGGGCUUCCUCUCGCCCUAGCUACGGCCGGAGCAUAUCUGAAGCGCGUCCCGAUCAGCACACGCGACUACCUUCGCCACUACCAAGAAUCUUGGGCUAGAGUCACCGGUGACCUGCAUCUCGGAUCUUAUGCAGAUCGUACCUUGAGUUCAACAUGGCAGCUGUCAUAUGCGCAGGUACAGGCACAAAACCCACUUGCAGCCCAUCUGCUCCGUUGGUGGGCCUACUUCAACAAUGAAGACAUAUGGUUCGAUCUUAUAGGCACUGGGAGCGAAGACGGUCUUGUGUGGAUGGAACAGCUUUCAGAAGAGCUGAACUUCAGUGAAGCUAUGGGCGUCCUCCACGACUACGGCCUUGUCGAACCCACAGCCAUGUUUCAGGAGCCACAGGGGUACAGCAUACAUAGCUGUCUACAUUCUUGGACGAUUCAUAUUUUAAACAAGGAACGGGACGGCUGGUUAAACAAGCUUGCAGUCGAAAGUGUGGCGUCGCAGGUUCCAUCAAAGAGAGAAGCUGACUAUUGGCUCCUUCAGAAGCGACUACUACCGCAUGCGAUCCGGUCUUGUUCAACAGUACAAGAGAGCAACGUUCCUUUGGACUGGGCUUUCCAUUCUCUAGGUGAUCUGUUCUCCGAUCAGGGGAAGCUGGAUGAGGCCGAGAAGAUGUACUUGCGGGCGCUAGAUGGGCGCGAGAAGGCACUUGGACCAGAUCACACAUCAACACUUCAAACAGUCAACAACCUUGGGCUCCUUUACAAAAAUCAGGGGAAGCUGGGCGAGGCGGAGAAGAUGUACUUGCGGGCGCUCGAUGGGAAAGAGAAGGCACUUGGACCAGAUCACACAUCAACACUCGACACAGUCAACAACCUUGGGAACCUUUACUCCGAUCGGGGGAAGCUUGGCGAGGCUGAGAAGAUGUACUUGCGGGCGCUCGAUGGGAAAGAGAAGGCACUUGGACCAGAUCACACAUCAACACUUGACGCAGUCAACAACCUUGGGGUCCUUUACUCCGAUCAGGGGAAGCUGGUCGAGUCUGAGAAGAUGUACUUACGGGCGCUCGAUGGAUACGAGAAAGCACUUGGACCAGAUCACACAUCAACACUCGACACACGAUUAACACCCUUUCGAAUCUGGGAUCUUUACGCACAGAACAAAACCGUAUGGGCGAAGCCCGGCAAUAUUAUCAACGUGCUCACGGUGGUCUUGAGAAGGUUCUCGGGCCAUCGCAUCCGGCUGUCCAAUCAGGGCGGGAGACUCUCGAGCUUACGAAUGUGGCCCUCGAAGCUGGGAUGUCUUCGAAGGAUGACCAACAUUUGGUUGAUCCAACACAACCCAACCUGUCGAAGGCCAGACGACGAGAUAAGCUGA